AUGAAAAGUUUAACGGCAUUCUUAGUUCUCAUUCAUGUAGUUUACAGUGCAAAGAUUCUUGGAGUAUUUCCAACACCAUCAAUUAGUCACCAAAUAGUAUUUCAUGCACUGAUGAAAGAUUUAGCAGCUAGAGGACAUGAGUUAGUAAUUUUAACAACAGAUACGUUUAAGACAAACAAUCCGAAUGUCACUCAAAUUGAUCUGCAUUCAAGUUACAAAAUUUUCCGUGAUACUUUCAAUUUCGUGUAUUUUAAAAACAGCAAUAUGGAUGAGACUGACCUAUUUAAUUACUUCGUCCCAUCUAUGAUGAAAUAUUUGGAGGAACAGAUGUCACAUCCAGAAGUUAAAAAAUUAAUUGCAGAAAAAGACAAGCAUCACUUUGAUGUAGUCAUAAUGGAAAGUCUCUUGAAUUAUCCAAUGUUAGCAUUUGGUGAAAUAUUCGAUGCUCCUGUAAUUGAAAUUACAUCAUUAGAUGCUGUAGCUGAAAAUCACAGAUGGAUGGGAAAUGAAGCAAAUCCUAUUGUUCAUCCUGACAUUAUGCUUCCAUUUCAACAGAAGAGACUCACAUUUUAUGAGCGAUGGACAACAUUAAGGUACGUUUAUAAAAGAUUUAUUGCAGUUCCAAACGAGUUUAGGGAAAUGGAGAAAUUCAUCGAGAGGCAUUUUCCAAUAAAAAAUCCAGACAUGAGAAAAUUAAGAAGUCGCAUUGAAUUCAUGAUGAUUAAUGCACACCCAGUUCUUGGAACAAUCAGACCGCUACUACCAAAUACAAUUCAAUUAGGUUUUAUGCAUAUUGAAUCACCGAAGCCAUUAAAAGAUGGACCAUUGAAGAAGUUCUUAGACAAUUCAAAGCAUGGUGUUAUUUACAUGAGUUUUGGAUCGAAUGUUCAAUCUACGGAUUUAGGACAAGACGCUCAAAAAAUAUUUCUCAAUGUAUUUAAAAACAUUAAAUAUGACAUUGUCUGGAAGUUCGAAAGUGAUAACUUACCAGACAAGCCUAAAAAUGUAUUGCUCCAAAAAUGGCUUCCUCAAGCUGAUAUGCUAGCUCAUCCAAAAAUAAAACUUUUCAUCACUCAUGGUGGACAACAAUCCAUGGAAGAAACAAUUGACAGAGCAGUUCCAACAAUAGUUAUCCCAUUUCUGGGAGAUCAAGACACAAAUGCAAAAAGAAUGGAAAAACGCAGAAUUGGAAUGCAUUUGGAACUUCACACACUUACCGAAGAAAAGCUGAAGACAGCAAUUCAUGAAAUGUUGAAGCCAGAAUACAAAGAAAAUAUUCAGAAGCUCCGAGACUUGAUUUAUGAUGAACCAAUGACAACAAGAGAAAAAGCAGUUUGGUGGACAGAAUAUGUGAUCAGGCAUAAAGGAGCAAAACAUUUUUACUAUCAUGGCAAGGAAGUUCCGUUUUAUGAAAAAUAUUUCUUAGACUUUGCAGCUAUAGGAUUGAUAAUGACUGUUAUUCUAAUCAAAUGUUGUCUCCUGGUGUUUUCAAAAUUUAAGACAACAAAGAAUAAGAAAAGGAAAUCUGAAUAA